AUGCGGUCAUUUUCGUUAAUUUUGCUACGGAGAACAUCACCCCACUGGCAUGCAUGCAUCACUCCAUCCACCCAUCCACCAAACGAAGAGACACCCACAGUGACCCCUCCCAAGGCUAACCUACAGUCAAAGCAACGCUCAUCGUAAACGGUGAGAAACAAAACAACCAUAAAAGACCGCGCUGCAACAUUAGAAUGGCUGAAGAAGGCAGGGCCAAGCUAGAUUUGGAGGAUGAUGAUGCCUCCUCUGGCGACGACGCGGGAGGCAAAGGAACCAAGCGGAAAGAUCCCGGCAACGAUCCGGAGGCCGAAGAAAGCAAACGGGCGGAGCGCCGUGCAGCCAACCGACGAAGUGCUUUUCAAUCUCGCCAGCGUAGAAAGAUCCUGAUCGAAGACUUGCAAAAGACUGUUGCCACCCUAUCAAAAGAGAACACUGAUCUUCGCAACAACAACAAUCAACUCCGUGCCAAACUGGAGACGGCAAUGUUAGAGAAUCAGUUAUUAAGAAAACAGAAAGGAGGAACUGCACCUACACUCGAAAUCAAUGGUGAUUCUGGUGUAGCUGAUGGUGCUGCAGCAGGGGAUUCUAUUAAUGCUGGUCCGUCUACCGACGAAAAGAUCCCAGCAGGUGCCACUGCAUCUGCCGGCACUAACAAUCAAACCCAAGGAGCCACAGUCGCCACAGCCAGCAAUGCACAGACAGUGGAUAAUGCUCCAGCACCGCCUGCAAAUAAUGGAGUUUUGGGUUCCAACAACCAGGUUGGGGUCCCCGCUGCUGCAGCGCUGUUGGCGCUAAAUGGUGGGGGUAAUACCAACGGAGCUCCACCGUCCCAACUCUUGGGCACACAAGCACCUUCUACGGCUGCACAUCUAUUAUCAAAUCAAGCGGUUCCUGCGGCUCAACUGAUGAACGGGCUGCAUUCCCUCCCCGGAGCCAACCCAGCGUCCGACCCUCUAUUGGCUGCAAGAUUGGCACUUGCCGGGGCUUCCGGUGGUUUGGGCAAUUUGAACAAUGUUGGGAAUCCUGCUGUCAUGCCAGGUGCUAGUCAGCAACAGCCAAAUCAUGCCGUUCAUGCGCUGGCAGUAAAUCCGGCGAAUCUCGGGCUUGGGGGAGGACAGCAGCUGCAACAACUUGCUAUGCUGUUGGGUGGGGCGGUAGCGAGACCAGCAGACCCAGGACAACAGCAGUUUGCACUCUUGCAGGCAGCUUUUGGAAGGUCUAUUGCAGCUGCUUCAGCACCAACAACUGCUGCCCCAAGCGACUCGAUGUCUCAGGUCAUGCGGGCACUUUCCGAAAACCAAGCAUCAGAUCAACAAAAUGGGGCUGCGCCCACCACGUAACAGAAUUGUUGGAGUCGAGGCGCGUGUUGUGAGUAGGAGAUGCAUUUGAUGCAAUGCAAACCAUCCACUACGUCUGUAAGGCAGGUUGCAACACUUGGGGCUAACGAUACUCAUUGCAACAGGACGAGAAUUGCAUGAGAAGCAGCAUUUCUUUGCAUUUAAGUAAAAGUGUACUGAUAGUAUUUUUGUGUCUGUAGUGGACUUUAUCAUAUUCCAUGACGUGUGGUGCAGCGUCUCCAUUAUAAUUCAGUGGGCAGACAAGUAGAUCUACUCUGGCCCCCAAUUUGAUUUUUGCUAGUUAACUAGGAGCUAAUAUACGGUAUCAGC